GGACCUUACCUUCAUCCAAUCCCUUCCCGAGUUCUCCACCUUGUCGACUAUUUUGGCAGGACCCUAUAUGAAAUCGAAGUCGGAAGAAUGAACAUCAUACAGCAACGACUCAGAAGGACCGAUAAUUCGUGACACUGACAAAGGCUGCAAGGGGCAUAUCAGUUCAGAAAAGGCACCUCUCGAGUGACUACAUUUGAAUGGACUACUGAGCUCCAGAGACGCCCUCAAGCUCCUCGAAGUAGAAAAGGGCUUCUCCCUGGCUUCAUCCGGAUUCUCGACAAUUCGGAAGUGUCCUAUUUAGAGGAUACACUCGGCUUUGGCCCAAAGCAGACGGCUUGUCCAGGCAACCAGGCAGAACGGCUAUACUCGGGAGCUCAAGGCGUGAGGGGACAUAUGGUCGUACGGCAGCCUUUUCCAGAUUCCACAAGGUCUCACUUCAAUUUUCCGACUUUUUCGACUCGUUGUUCUCACAUUCUGCGUUUUUCGACUUCUGUUCAACAAGAUCCUCAUUGCCUUUAGGUAUCCUAAUUGGAUGACCGCGUCUGUUAAUCCCUGGUGCCUUGCUCGUGCUCAGAAUUGGGGGGAGGUUAUUCUCCCAAGCAGACUUUUUAUGCUCCUCCAAAGCUCAGCUCUCCUAUUCCUUCUGGCGCAGAUGACCCAUUGUCCGUACUCUGUACUCAAAUUACAACUUCUCCCACAUUCAAUAGACCCCUCGCCUUGCGCCUACACUGUCAUGGGACCAAAUUGUAUGGCGCUGAACUUGGCUUAAAAGCUAGGCUCGCAAUCGACCAGUUGGUAGCGACCAUGUUAUUCCUACAUCGUCGAAUCCUGCUCCAGUUGUUGGUGCCCUCAUCGGCUGUUUUUGCUCAAACAUCUGGUGUGGUCUCAAGUUCAUCGCUAGCCAGUAGUGGUGUUACUACAGGUUCCACCAUUCUUUCCACUUCGUUUUCAUCCGCCUUAGCAUCUAUUUCAUUAUCUUCAACCUCUUCUGGAAGACCCUCUUCUACUUCUACCUCCAUCCUUCAGACUCCAACGUUCGGCGCCGGUCCAUCAUCAGAUCCGUUGGAUCCACCUGAUGUCAAGGAUAGCGGAGUUGUCGUACCUGAUUUUUCUGCCGCUUGGGAAGCAGCUUACCAGAAAGCAGGCGCAAAGAUAGCUGGAUUCACGCUCGAGGAUCUUGUCAAUACUGCGACCGGGGUUGAAGCUUUCGGCCCUUCUCGACGCUGUGUAGGAAACACGCUUCCGAUCUCUUCCAACGGAGGAUGGCCUGGCCUCUGUUUACAGGAUGGACCUCUCGGAGUACGGCUAGCAGACCGCAUCACAACGUUCCCAACGGGUUUGAAUACUGCUACAACUUUUAACCGAACUCUGAUACGCCAACGGGGACUGUUCAUGGGAACCGAAUUCAAGGACAAAGGUGUUAAUGUAGCACUUGGGCCGAUGAUGAACAUGCUCAGGGUGCCUGCUGCUGGGAGAAACUUUGAGGGGUUCGGAGCCGAUCCAUUCUUAAGUGGGGAAGCGGCAUAUGAGACGGUCUUGGGUCUUCAGCAAGGUGGCGUACAGGCCUGUUCAAAGCAUUUCAUCGCAAACGAACAAGAAACCGCUCGAACCACUUCCACCUCCAAUGUCGAUGACCGAACCUUGCACGAGAUUUAUGCACAACCAUUUCUACGCAGCGUGAUGGCCGGGACAGCAAGUAUCAUGUGCAGUUACAACCAAAUCAACGGAACGUAUGCAUGCGAGAAUAAUGCUACUCUUUCCCGCAUGCUCAAGGAAGAGUUCGGAUUUCAGGGAUUUGUCACGUCUGAUUGGGGUGCAACUCAUUCUACCGUUGCCAGUACCCUUUCUGGACUAGAUAUGGACAUGCCAGGCUCUGGAGGCCCUAACAAUUCAUUCUUCGGGGGUACCCUGGUAAAUGCGGUGCAAAAUGGUUCAGUCCCCAUGUCUCGUGUGACCGAUAUGGCAACACGGAUUUUAGCUUCUUGGUAUUUCCUACACCAAGAUUCAUCGUCUUUCCCGGCCGUCAAUUUUGACGGCAAUCAUCCCAAUAACGAAGCAACGAACGAACAUAUUGAUGUUCAAGCCAAUCAUAAGGACGUCGUGCGAGCGAUCGGUGCAGCCAGUGUGGUGUUAUUGAAGAACGUGAGGGGAGCUUUACCGUUGAACAAACCAAGGAGCUUGAUUCUAGUCGGAAGAGAUGCCGGUCCGUCUGUGAUUGGGCCGAAUAGUCCAGGGGGAGGUCCUGCAGCGCAAGGGAUUUUGGCUGUUGGAGGUGGUUCUGGUGCUGCCGGUUUCCCCUAUCUGAUCUCUCCAUAUGAGGCGAUACAAGCACGGGCAAGGGACGAUCACACGAGUAUCUCCUGGGUUCUCGAUGACUUCAAUCUUCCUUCAGCAGCUUCCUUGUCCACCGGAAAAUCUGCAGCUGUGGUCUUCGUCAACAUCAACUCCAGUGAGGGUAGCGAUAGGAAGAAUCUCACUCUAGCAGAUGACACGGAGGCUCUGAUACAGGCGGUUGCUGCUACAAACCCUAACACAAUAGUUGUCGUCCACAGCGUUGGGCCGGUCAUCAUAGAAAGUUGGAUUGAUCACCUGAAUAUUACUGGUGUGCUAUGGGCUGGUGCUGCCGGACAAGAAACAGGGAACUCCAUUGCAGACGUUCUCUAUGGUGACUUCAACCCGAGCGGCCGACUUCCAUACACCCUCGCGAAGAGUGAAGCGGAUUAUCCAACCCGUGUAGUCAGCGGCUCUCCCAUCGUUCCUGUGCCAUACACGGAAGGUCUUGAGAUUGACUACAGGGCGUUCGACGCGCGAAACAUUACUCCCCGUUUCGAGUUUGGUUUCGGUUUGAGCUAUACGAAGUUUGAGUACAGCAACCUGCAGAUAUCCCGUGCCCAGAACUCUUCCAGUGAUCAGGCUCUCAUUCAAAACUGGGAGGCUGGGAAACCGAACCCCCCCGCAGUUGGAUCUAGUACGGCGGCUUGGCUUCAUGAACCCGCCUUUGAAGUCUCGUUCAACGUAAAGAAUGUCGGAGAUGUCGCUGGAGGCGAGAUUCCGCAACUCUACGUCGCCCAUCCCCAGUCUGCGGGAGAACCGCCUCGAGUUCUCAAGGGAUUUACCGACGUAUUCCUCAAUACCGGACAGACCAAACUUGUGACUAUCCCCUUGUCAAGGCAUUCACUCAGUGUAUGGGACGUUAAAGGACAAGGAUGGAAGAAACCAACUGGACAGAUUGGGAUUGUCGUUGGAGCGAGUAGUCGGGACGAGAGGUUGAACGGUGUCUUGCCGGCAUGAAAAUAUUGAUAACCAUGUGCAUUACAAUAAGCGAUGAAUUCGCAGACUGUAGAAGACGGAGUAGUUUAUUCUGUUACGAUGUCUCCCCCAACGAAGAACCUAUGAAUCAUGAUAC